GUGUCGUUGCCGGCUUGAGUGACGUGUUAGGGCGUUGUAUAUAUAGGUGGCGCCUGGCCAGCCAGUCAUUUAGUUUUCGUUUGAGUAUUCAGACAGAACGUAUCAUGCCUGAACCAGCCAAGCCUGCCCCGAAGAAGGGCUCUAAGAAAGCCGUGGCCAAGACCGCCGGCAAAGGAGGAAAGAAGCGCAGAAAGACCAGGAAGGAAAGCUAUGCCAUCUACGUGUACAAGGUCUUGAAGCAGGUUCACCCCGACACCGGUAUUUCUUCCAAGGCCAUGGGCAUCAUGAACUCCUUUGUGAACGACAUCUUCGAGCGUAUUGCUGGGGAGGCUUCUCGCUUGGCUCACUACAACAAGCGUUCCACCAUCACCUCCAGGGAGAUCCAGACUGCAGUCCGUCUUCUUCUGCCCGGUGAGCUCGCCAAGCACGCUGUGUCUGAGGGAACCAAGGCCGUCACCAAGUAUACCAGUUCCAAGUAAAGUGUCUAUCAAACACUAUACCCAAAGGCUCUUUUAAGAGCCACUCACAUUGUCUUUGAAAAAGCAAUUCUAAUGUUUUCACAUGUCGUUCUCGUCUCCGUGUAUGCUCGGUGGCUGCGUCUGGUUUAAAAAAAAAUUACGUUAAUGCCAAACGUCUUAUGGUCUGCAACCAGCCAGUUCGAAUGUUUCAGAACAAGAAUUGUAUUGGAGUUUAAUGUGUUCCGUACACAAGUUAGUCAAUUUUAAUGUUCUUAUACCUAUCCUACACCUGCCAUAAUGAUGCAGUUGUUAAAGAACGGUGAAGGCAACAUGCUAAAUGUAUGUAUGAUAUGUAGCUUGGACUUGUGUGAAGGAUAUGGAACCAGCGAAAGCUUUAAAACCGGACAGAUGGUGUGUUGGGAACCAAUGACUUUCAACCAUGCCUGACUAAAAAUUAUUUCUGCUUUUCGAUGACAAAAAUAAGUACUGUAACUUGAAGUUGAAACGGCGAGCACUGAAUAUAGUUAAAG